CUUUUCACACCUCCGUUUCACAGACAGCCAACCAGCACUCGGACUACAAACACACGGUUUCAUUCAAAAAACUCCACAAACAAAAACUUCCAAACGCACCCGGAAAACCGUCCCGAGUACGAGUCAGAGGCCGCUGCUCACACACCGGACCGAAGUGGAACACUAAAAGGAGUGUUUAUUCGAGGUAAAGUGGGUCCGUAGCGUGAAUAUGGCGACCGCAACCCCGAGCCGCGAGUCUGGCCGCGCGUCGGCCGCGCAGACGCCCCUGAGCCCGACACGGAUCUCGCGUCUUCAGGAGAAACAGGAGCUGAGCGCGCUCAACGACCGCCUGGCCGUGUACAUCGACCGCGUACGGUCUUUGGAGCUCGAGAACGACCGGCUGCUCGUCAAAGUGUCCGAGAAGGAGGAAGUCACGACCAGAGAGGUGUCUGGGAUUAAGUCUCUUUACGAGGCCGAGCUCGCCGACGCUCGCCGCGUCCUGGACGAAACCGCUCGCGAACGAGCCAGACUUCAGAUCGACCUGGGAAAAGCCAACUCCGAUCUCGAGGAGGUCACCCGGAACUACAAGAAGAAGGAUGGGGAUCUGGCUGCGGCUCUGGCCCGGAUUAAGGAUCUGGAAGCGCAGUUCAACAAGACCGAGGCGUCUCUCAACACCGCGCUGCGCGAGAACGGCUCGCUGUCUGCCGAACUCGCCGACCUGAAGGCUCAGCUAGCCAAAGCUGAAGAUGCUCACGGUGUGGCCAAGAAACAGCUGGAGAAGGAGACGCUGAUGAGGGUGGACCUGGAGAACCGCUGCCAGAGUCUGUCCGAGGACCUGGAGUUCAGGAAGAGCAUGUUUGAGGAGGAGGUGCGUGAGACGCGCAGGCGCCAGGAGAAGCGUGUGGUGGAGGUGGACUCGGGCAUGCAGCAGGACUACGAGUUCAAGCUGGCGCAGGCGCUGCAGGAUCUGCGCAGACAACAUGAGGAGCAGGUGCAGCUCUACAAGGAGGAGCUCCAGCACACCUUCAUUGCCAAGCUGGAUAAUGCCAAGGUGUCGUCGGACAUGAAUGAUAAAGCGGUUCUCGCCGCGCGUGAGGAGCUUCAGGAGGCCCAUGUGCGCAUCGAGAGCCUGAGCUAUCAGCUCAGCGCCCUGCAGAAACAGGCGGCAACCGCUGAGGAGCGCAUCCGUGAGCUGGAGAACAUGCUGUCCAGCGACAGGGACAAGUUCAGGCGACAGCUGGACGCCAAAGAGCGCGAGAUGGCUGAGAUGAGGGAGAUAAUGCAGCAGCAGCUCAACGAGUACCAGGAGCUGCUGGACGUCAAGCUGGCCCUGGACAUGGAGAUCAACGCCUAUCGGAAACUGCUGGAGGGCGAGGAGGACAGGCUGAAGCUGUCGCCCACCCCGUCCUCCCGGGUCACGGUGACCCGCACCUCAGCCAGCAGCACUUCUGCGUCUUCACGAAGCUCUCGCGCUAAGAGAAAGCGUGUGGAGCUCGAGGAAGAGUCCAGCGCUGGCCCGACGGUCCAGGUCAGCCAGGCGGCCGAAGCCACGGGGAGCGUCAGUGUCGAGGACAUCGACCUCGAGGGCAAAUCCGUGACCCUCAGGAACAACUCGGACAAGGAUCAAUCUCUGGGAAGCUGGCGACUAAAGAGACAAAUUGGCGAUGAAGAGGAAAUCACUUACAAAUUCAGCCCUAAGUUUGUCCUGAAGGCCGGUCAGACGGUGACGGUGUGGAGCGCCACCGCCGGCGUGUCCCAUAGUCCUCCUUCAGACCUGCUGUGGAAGAGCCAGAGCUCUUGGGGAACCGGAGAGGUGAUCAUCACCACAUUGGUCAACUCAAGCGGAGAGGAGGUGGCGAAGCGAACCGUCACGAAAAGCGUACUGGAGAUGGAGAACGGUGAUGAUGAGGAUGGAGACUUUGGAGAUGAGGAUCUUUUCCAUCAGCAGGGCGAUCCAAAACCCCGAUCCAGAGAAUGUGCCGUCAUGUGAUGGAGCACCUUUAGUAUUUACCUUCCCACGAGUCAGUCUUUUUUUGUAGAGCCACUACUUUUUGUAUUCUUCGAUCAUGAGUUCAUAACACCCCUCCCUCGAUCCUUUAUUUCUACGGACCUCAUUUGUAAAGCCAGUCAAUCUUAAGACAACACACACGAAUAGUGGAGAACGACCUGAAAUUAGAAAGUAGUAUUAGUGUAAGGAAUCUGCAUAUUCAUGUCUACGAAUCACGUGUUCUCGUCACUCAUGAAUGGGGUUUUGAUUAUGAUGGUGAGCUCAUGUCCUGUAGUGCACUAUAGCUCAUAACUGACAGCUGUCAAUCUUGUUUGUUUGUUUUUUUGCUUCGCCAAGCAGACGAACAGGGUGGAAACUAAAUCAAAUUGCUUCGUUGACUUCUAAAUGCUUACUCCCACCAUUUAUCUUCAUUAUAUCUUAUUGUUAUGUGUUUUGAUUCGUGCUUUACAUAGUAUUAUGUAUGUUUAAAUCGGUGAUUAAGACACUUUUCAAGCCUAUAGUGCGAAUGUUGUGUAGUGGGCGUACAGAAAAUGUAUGUUCACAACAUCAUUUGAAUGUAGUGUUGAUUUGAUCAUGUGAUCAAUGUUUUAAAUUGACAACAAAAACGCAGAUUUACCAAAGAAAUGGACGACGAAUGGAACCAAUUUGACUUGGUCGACUUUGCCUUGUUUCUUGCUUGCUUUGCUCAACUUCUCGAGACACUCCAGAUGAACUGAAGCUCACGAAUCCAGCGAGUAAAUCUGCAUCCACCCUGUCGGUUCUGUCGCGUUUUGAAGUUUUAAAACUUUUGAUUCAAAUGUUUCUCGGACAAUUAUGCAUGCAGCGAGUAUUUUUAUAUGAAAUUCACAACGAACGGAUCGGAGUUGUUUGGGGGAUGCGGACAAUAGUUUGAUUUUUAGCUAUAAUCGUAUAUUUUUGAUAGGUUUGUCCUCAGGAUUUUUCAAACCCUAGUGCACAAGGUAUCUUUACGUGCUUUUAAAAUAUUUAGAUUAAUUGUCUUACUUGUGAAUAUAUAUUCAGUGCAGUGUGUACAAAAACAAUUGACUUGGGAAACAUUUUUAAGAUUUCUUUCGUUUUAAGGUUAUUUUAAUGGGGGUGUCGUAAUCUUCGUGUUUACUUUCUAGGGUUCUUCUAAAGGUUCUGUGAGAACGAAUUGCCUCAUUGGGACGCUCGUGGUGUCAAAAUUUAGUGAAAUUGAGCUCAAGUAAAGUUGUAUUUGUGUACAUUUGCUACUUGGCCUCUGAGCUAAUAAAAUCGAUCUUUUUGUUAAGUUUUUUUACUUCGUGUGACGUGAAUGGAAAUCGUUUUCCUCCACACUCCACAUCUGUGAAUUAUAAGUUAGCUUCUGUUAGUUACAAACACUGUUUUCAUGAGGAAAGUCAUUUCCUUGAUCUUUUCAGGUUUUAUUAGACAGGGCUGUGACUAAUGUAGCGGAUACAAUGUGCUUUGAUACGAAAUUGUCAAUCCGAUCUACUGUAAAGUAAAAGAAAUUGCUAUUUGAACUGCCAUCAAAGUACAGAAAUGUGAGUAGAAAUUGAGCCUUAAAUUGUGAAAUAUGAAUCAAAUUUGUUUCCGGGGGGGAAAUUCUUCAUUGUACGAGGACUUUUGAAGGGCUAAAAGAGGAAGG